CCCGCCCCCUCGCCAGGCGCGUGGCGCGGCCCCAACCGCCCUAACGGCGCAAACGGCCGCAGCGGCGUCAGGGGAAGCUUCGUCACUUCCGGUCCGUCCGAGGCCUGCGGGCCGUUGCGGCGGGGGGGGGCGAGAGAGAGAGAGCCCGUCAAUUAACCCCUCCGUGCCCGGCCGCCGAGGGGGGUUUCUCCAGCCGGGACCACCCCCCGGGGCCGGAGCCCCCCCCGGCUGCAGAACGAUGUCCGUGUCUCGCUUCAGCUCAUCCUGUCCUCCCAUGAGACAGGGAAGAAAAAUGGCUGCAGUGGAAUCAGUUCAGGGGCCGGUGACCUUUGAGGAGGUGGCUGUGUAUUUCACCAGGGAAGAAGAGGUUCUGCUGGACCCUGCUCAAAGAGCCCUCUACAGAGACGUCAUGCAGGAGAACUAUGAGAAUGUGACCUCGCUGGGCUUUCCAGUUUCCAAACCUGAUGUGAUCUCCCAGCUGGAACAAGGGGUAAAGCCAUGGAUCCCAGACCUCCAGUGUUCAGAGGAAAGAGAGGUCCUAAGAGGUCCCUGCACAGCAGGUGAUGCGAUGGUGAGUGAGAAUGAGGAGCAGAAUUCUCAUCGGAAAGAUGCUGAGCAAGUGGAACCACACAGAACCUUAACGCAAACAUCCAAAGGGAAUGUGUCCAGGAGUCAUGAGCAGGUAAAAGUCUGUGCUAUUCAGCAGACACCAGAGAGAGAGCAGGAAAACCAGCCAGGGGAGAAAUUGGAUAAAUUCAUUUGCUCUUCGGGAACUCACAAGGACCUCAAGGAAACCACAGCCCAGCAGAAAAUCUUCAUGGGACAGAGAAAAAAUACAUCCACUGAGUGUGGGAAAAGCUUUAGGGACCACUCAGUCCUUCUUGGACAUCAGAGAAUACACAGAGGAGACAGACCCUAUGAAUGCUGUGAGUGUGGGAAAACCUUCAUUCGGCGCUCACACCUUAUUACGCAUCAGAGAAUCCACACAGGUGAAAAACGCUAUCCAUGCUGUGAGUGCGGAAAAAGUUUCACUGAUCUCUCAUCCCUUAUCUCUCAUCAGAGAGUCCACACGGGAGAGAAACCCUAUGAAUGCUGGGAGUGCGGGAAAAGCUUCUCUCAGAGCUCAACCCUUCUUACACAUCACAGAAUUCACACGGGACAGAGACCCUACGAAUGUAGUGAAUGUGGGAAAAGCUUCACUCAGAGCUCACACCUGACUAUACAUCAGAAAAUCCACACGGGAGAGAGACCCUAUGGAUGCUGUGAGUGUGGGAAAAGCUUCACUCUGAGAUCGCACCUCAUUAGGCAUCAGAGAAUCCACACGGGAGAGAAACCCUUUGAAUGCUGUGAGUGUGGGAAAAACUUCACUCUGAGCUCAGACCUUACUACGCAUCAGAGAAUCCACACGGGAGAGAGACCCUACGAAUGCUGUGAGUGCGGGAAAACCUUCACUCGGAGCUCAGCCCUGACUAGACAUCAUAGAAUCCACACAGGAGAGAGACCCUAUGAAUGCUGUGAGUGCGGGAAAAGCUUCACUCGGAGCUCAGCCCUGACUAGACAUCAUAGAAUCCACACGGGAGACAGACCCUAUGAAUGCUGUGAGUGCGGGAAAAGCUUCACUCAGAACUCAGCCCUUAUCUAUCAUCAUAGAAUCUGCAAGGGGGCUAAACACCAUAAAAACCUCUAGAUCUAUCAAAACUUUUAUUUUCUUUAAUAGUUUUCCUCAUUCCCAUGUAGUAACCUUCAAAGCUGUUUGAACUGUUUGCACCACCAUUAGCCCUCAUUGUGUCCAAAAGAGUUGCCCAUUUUCACCUUUUCUAGUUUUGCCAUUUGCCAUGUUUUGGGGUGGACCUGGUUGUCCUUGCUAUCAACUCCAUUGUCCCAUGAGUAAUGGAAGUGGGUCUGUCCUUCCAGGAAACCGGGAGAAUCACAUUUAUACUUUUCCUUCUUUUGCCAAGUUAUUCGCAUCACCAAUGAUACAAAUUGUAGCAUUCCCAGUUGUUCUCAUGUUGUUCUGGGUUAUGCUGAACAGCAGUUAUUUUUGGACCUUUAUUCGUUAUAUUUAAAUGAAGAGGAGCGGGGCAGGGAAAAAGGUGUCAUUUCAGUCUCUGUGUCGCUGGAAGGAGAUGGGGUGACUCAGAGAUUCCCUCCUUCCCCAUCGUCCCAGAACAGUUACCUCCUGUCUGAGGCAUGCAGCGUUUAUCUUCUUCACAUUCUUUCCUUCCACCUCUCAAAGUGUCGUGUGAUGCAGUGUUCUCAGCUGUCUGUGCUUGGAGAUGAUGUUUUGACUUCUUUAAUCAGAGUCACUGUGUCUGCCAAAGAAAGUGUCAAAGAUCUGGAAGGGGAAUUCAAGUGCAUCCCAAACAUAGUGGGAUCAUUUGGAGUUUAAAUUCCAGUUUCCAUCUAUUGGCCAAGCCACCUUUGGGAAGGUUGGCUGUAUUUCCCCCCAUUAUGAGGCUGUUGGGAUGCUAAAACUUUUGUAAAUAAUAUAACUCAAUAAUGCAACAGUGCUGAGUGAAGCAGGUUUGAAUGGAUCAGAGGAGAAUGUCAUGGGAGAAUCUCUUCUCCUGAUUCAGAGUCAUCAGAUACAAUCGGCUCUGGAAUUUCACUUGACACUUUCAUUUUCAUGUAGUCUACCUCUCUGUGAUAUGGGUUUCUAUCUUUUCUGAAGGCUGUUUGGUCACCCAGUUGGAUAUUAAUUUAGUUUGAUUGCAUGUAACUCAGAUUUAUUGGAGACUUUGAGACAAAUGACCAUUUGCUAAAGUCAUUACGUCUCACUGUUUUUGUGGAUACAGACUAACACAGCGACCCCUCUGAUAUUUGGCACUUUACUUUGGCUUUUUCCCCACCUGUCCGUGAUGACAUGGAGAAAGUUCAAGUGCAGUUCUGUCAACAGGAAAGAACUCUCCAAUUUACUGGACAUGCUAACAAAGAAACAGCCAUGAUUUGAAAACUCCACUCAGAAAUGGUGAACAGCAGCAGACCCAAACUGUGCAACUAACUGAAGGAGGUGCAGAUGAUCUCAGUGGAGUUCAAUUGUCAAUAUUGUCUCAGAUGAUCUGGGGAGAGGAUUCCACAGUAAGUUAGUUGGAGCUUGGCACAAUGCUCAUGUAUUUGGUUCCCAAAGUAGUAACCCAGGCCCUACAGAAGAUCUCUCUUAAGUAAUCCUGUGGUAUGGGAACUGCUGCCCUUUAUGAUGCAGAUGUCGAGGAAAUAGAAAUGGGUUUUGUUGAAUUUACCCUACGUAGGUGCUGCAAAUGUGUAUUAAAAUGAAAUCAGUGUUGAAAAUGAAAUAGCUGCAGAAAAAUUGCUAUUUUUGAAUAGAAACUCCAACUCCGGUAACUAACGGAGAUUCUGAUCCAGGCCUGUAUCCAGUCCCUAGCCUGGACCUGUGCCACCAAAUUAAAGAAAAACUGGCCAUGUUUCGGGAAGCCGUUCCGCACUAACACUUCUGAGAUUUUGAGUGGUUCGGUAAAGGAUUCUACUUCAGAGAAAGGUAAAUUUACCCUAACCAAAGCCAAGGAUUUUGAAAGAAGUGGGUUAGCAACAGUACACACCCAGUUCUUGGUUUUCACCCUAGUAAGGGAAGCUGUGGUGACCAAUGGCCCAAGGAAAAUGUUUGUAGAACAUCACUUCCUAGUUCAGUGUCACGGAUUACAGUCCCAAAGGAUGACACAAUCAUGCUUCAUUCUUUGGAUCCAAGGUUUCAUUUGGCAGAGGGAGUCAUUUAGAGGACAUUCCUUCCCUGUGGAUCUCAAACUGGCUGCCCGAUUGGGUGAAAAGGACUUUUAUGCUGUGGAAAUGAUGGUAACUAAUGGGGGAAUUAAUGUGUUGGGCUCCAAUUUCAGACUGCAGGAUACACAAAUGUUAAGUCCUGAUUCUAUGGUUUUGUCUCUUAGGGCUUGUCUACACUUAAGAGACUGCAUUGGCACAGCUGCAUCGGUGCAACUUUGCUGCUGUCGUGCUUUUAUGAAGAAGCUCUAAGGUGAAACUAGAGAGCUUUCCCAUCAUCUUCAUUAAUUCACCUCCCCGAGAAGUGGCAGCUUUGUCAGCAGGAGAAACACUCCUGCCGACAAGGCACUGUCUAUAUGGUGGGGGGAAAACUAUACUCUGUACCUCAAAGUAGCAUCCUGGAGCCCCUAUAUUCACUACUGUCAUGUGAUUAUGAUAUGUUGUGAACAAUGCAUGCUUGAAUCUUUAUACCUUAAUGUCCUGUUGAAUUAUUUGUAGUAUCAUUGUAUGUGAAGUACUGCUAUAUGUGUUACUGAAAUAUGUUUGUGAGGGUGGGAAACGCCCAGAGCCAGCCUUUCCGUUGCAACAGAGAAGCAGCUAUCAGUCGCCAGACAGGCAUUAAUGGCCCAUCAAGAAGAAUCCACUCGCCCAGAGGCUCCUUAGCUGUCCCCACUGCUUAUGUGCCCUCUCUAACCGACGUCGCAGCAAGAAUCUUUCCAGCAGCUGGAAGAAAGUAUAAAAGAGGGACAGUGUCAUUUCCCCCAUCUCAACACCUGGAAGAUCAUCUGGAAGAUGAAGACUUUGAACUAGGGAGAUUGGCCCCAGGCUGGAAGGGAGUUCAGUCUGAGUAUUGAGAACUGUGAGUUGCCUGUAACAUCUAUUAGGGUGAGACACUGUUUGAUUCAAAUCUUGCUUAGUCUGUUAAAGUUCGAAUUUAGACUUUCUAUUUCUGUUUCUUAGGUAACUAAUUUUGAUCUCUGUGCCUGCUACUUAUAAUCACUUAAAAUCUGUCUGUAGUUAAUAAAUUUGUUUUAUAUUUUACCUAAA